AUGGAUAGUAGUUGCCGUGUGUUUGUAGACGUGUAUAGCAAUCUAACAACGCCACCGCGUGCGCAAGUGUGUGCUGUGCCUUCCCAGGCUCGUACUGCAGCAGUGACGCCGAUCGAACUUGCGGAUUCGAGUUUGGCUGCGGAGACAGCCGCCCCGCCACCGAUGGAACUUGCUGCUCUUUUAAAGGAAAUUCAGGCUUCAGCAUUUCCACUGACCACAGAGCCGGAGAAUUUACGUGUAGCGAUGCUGCAAGCCCGGAGAAAGCUGUGCGUACCCAAGAUCAUAUCGGUCCCUACCCGUGAUGGUAAGGAAACACUCUAUGGGGCAGUAUAUUUACCGGAUCCGAAGGUACACGGUGAAGGGCCAUACCCCACAAUGGUGAGUGUUUAUGGUGGGCCUCAUGUACAGCGUGUUGCACGCAUGUGGGCAAUGACGGUCGACAUGCGAGCACAGCGGUUCCGUGACAUGGGGUAUGCCGUAUUGAAGAUCGACAAUCGCGGCAGUUUUCGUCGUGGGUCAGCCUUCGAGGGCGCAAUCAAGCAUCGCAUGGGCACUGUAGAAGUUUUAGACCAAGAAGAUGGCGUCCGCAAGCUAGUGAACGAGGGUGUUACGAUUGCGGGGCGAGUGGGAAUUUACGGCUGGAGUUAUGGUGGCUAUCUGGCGGCUAUUUGUCUUUUAAAAGCUCCUGAAACAUUCAAUCUUGCCAUUGCCGGGGCUCCUGUGACGAGCUGGGACGGGUAUGAUACUUGCUAUACGGAGCGCUAUAUGUCAACGCCCCAGCUGAAUCCAACGGGCUAUCGAAAUGGUUCGGUUAUGGAGGCUGUUGACAACAUGCAGGACGGGCAGCAGCUACUACUUAUACAUGGGCUAAUUGAUGAGAACGUGCAUUUUCGCCAUACUGCUCGUCUUAUCGCAUCGCUUAUCAGCGCUCGAAAACAUUACGAUUUACUUCUUUUUCCCGGUGAGCGCCAUUCACCGCGCCACUUAGAGGACCGAAUUUACAUGGAGCAGCGCAUCGCCGAGUACGUCAAAGAGCGUCUGUGA